AUGUCAUGGAACGCCGGCCACAUCAGGGAUAAGAAAAUCUCAUUACCCAAAGUCACCGACAAAACGCGCACCCUCGUGAAGUUUAUGCGCAAAACGAACACGAAUCUGGCGUGUGUCGUGGAAUGGACGAGCAAGCUCCAGGCCAAAAACGUGUGCGCGGAACUCAGGCGCGGGGAUAACGGAAGAGUGUUCGAUUUUCUAUGCACAGCCUACUUUCAAGGCCAAGACACGAAUCACUUGCUGGUGUAUGACACAGCCUUUUGGAGACCGGAGACAUUUAAGACGUCGGACGAGAAGAUCACAGAUAUGGAGCUUCGAUCCCGAUACACUCACAAUGAUGCACUUGGUCGGCUCAAAGACGCCAUCGCUUGGUUUCGCACCAAGUACCCUCGUGACAAAGUACUGGUCAUGGGUGACUUCAACUGCCACCGAAACAUUGGCCAAGAUGUUCGCAACCUGACAUUACACAACAACUUACAGCUGAGGUGUCCGGUAAACCCGAUCCGUCCAAACCCGAUUGACGGCAUUUUCGUUUCACAGCAAGUGAAUGCGAUCAACCCGCUCGAAAUGACGAAAGUUACUCAGGAACAUGAACUGUUUGAUCACUCACCGCUCGGGCUCACCCUCAGUCUCAACUAA